AUGUCUUCCAUUUCGGAUGAAGAUGAUAGGAUCAGUAGUUUACCCGACGAUGUCAUAUGCCACAUACUCUCUUUUCUCCAAACUAAAAAGGUCCUUACUACAAGUGUCUUUUCGAAAAGGUGGAAGAAUCUAUGGCGCUCAGUUCCCUCGUUCAACUUCCGUAAGUCGAAGAUCUGGGUGGAUGAUCGAGAAGCUCAGUUUCGCAUGAACGAGCUCGCCUACUCGUAUUUGCUCUCAGUUAAUUAUAUCAAGAGUUGCUACCUCGACAUUUAUUAUAAUUCUGAUCUUGGCCUUCUCGGCUUACCCAAUGUCAUCAACUGGAUCAAGGCAGUUGUACAACGCGGAGUUGAGGACAUUAAACUAUACUUUGAACUAUGUAUGGAACAAUCCGAAUCCGCAUUGUCCAACGCGGAUUGUUUCAAAUUUCCCAUGAGCAUUUUAUCCUGCCGUACGCUUGUUGUUAUCGACUUGUUUGGGUUUGCUGUGAAGGAUUUUUCUUCCAUUAGCCUCCCCUCCCUCAAAAUCCUUAGUAUGGAUGAGAUUAUCUUCUUAAAUGUUCAAGAUUUCUUAUUGCUUCUGGCUGGGUGUCCCAAUCUUGAGAAUUUACAUACAAAUUGUUUAGAGUUUCUCUCUCAAGAGUUUCUUACCUAUCAAGAGUGUCAAAGUUUAACCUUAACAAACUUGACCAAAGCAGAUUUGCAAAACACUUUUUGUCACUUUCCUUUGAAUGCCCUUCGUAACGCGGAGCAUUUGAUCCUAGAAAUAAAUGAGGUUUGAAAUUGAUUUGUAUCUAUGAUUUUGGAAUUUCAACUUUAGUUCUUACGAUGUACCUUUCUACUUUUUUUUUUCUUAGGUGUGUCA